AUGGCCGACGAGACUUGGACAUUCGAAUAUGUUCGACAGUUUGAAAGAGAAGAGUAUCUGCUUCCAAAUACCUGGAUCGUUGUUCGCAUCGAUGGUCGUGGUUUUCACAAGUACGUCAGCUUCACCAACCUCUGCAAGAACCCAAUACGUCUGGCUCCCCUGUGGCUUCAGGCAAGAAUAUCCAACCACUAUGGUUUUGUGAAACCCAACGACAUCAGAGCACUAGACUUAAUGAAUGCAGCCGCUCAGCAUGUACUGCACGUUUUGCACGACAUAAUGAUUAGCUAUGGUCACUCAGAUGAGUACAGCUUCGUCUUUCACAAGUCGUGUACCUUGUUCGAGCGACGAUCUGCCAAAAUUGCUAGCACGGUUGUCAGUACAUUCACGGCCGCAUAUAUUCACCUCUGGCCAAAGUACUUCGCAGAACCGGCCCCUACGGGCACCUUUCUAGCUCGUCAUUCAAAUGGUGGCGGAAGCACGAACGUUAUAGCGAUUGAAGGAAAUCCUCAAUCGCAGGAAAUAAGCCGUGAGAAGGCCGAUCUCGCUAUUUCGCAUUUACCAACAUUCGACGCUCGAUGCAUAUCAUAUCCUUCCAACCAUAACCUCAAAGAUUACCUUUCCUGGCGACAAGCAGACUGUCACAUAAACAACCUGUACAACACUACCUUCUGGGCACUUGUGCUGAAAGGAGGCAUGUCAAACACCGAAGCCGAGGAGUUCCUGAAGGGCACCUUGAGCUCUGACAAGAACGAAAUAUUGUGGUCUAGAUAUGGAAUCAACUACAACAAUGAGAAAGAAAUAUUCAAGAAGGGAAGUGUGGUACUCAGGGAAUAUAAAAUGCUUGAGCCAACGGAAGCAGCGAGACGAAUAGACAUUGACGUCGCCUCCGACCUACCGAAAGAAGACGAGCUAUCGAAGACAAAGAGGGAGAAGAUUCGUAAAGCAAGACAGAAGGCAGACGUUGUUGUUCGACACAUUGAUAUCAUCAAGGACGACUUUUGGCAGCAGAGACCAUGGUUGCUGACAGGUCAACCAGGAAGCUCUGUGUAA